UCGUGGAGGGAUCAUCUACUUAGUUUGGGUGCAAGUCAGAAACUGGAAGGGAGCAAUCACUCAUUUGGGAGUAAUCUUAUAGGCCCACUCAAUGGAAACAGGAACACUGAGGAGCAGAUCAGUAGCCAGUAUUUGGAAUGGUGCAAAAAUAACAGGGUUAUCAUGGGUGACAUCAGCUUCACUAAUAUUGAUUGGCACCUCCUUAGUGCAAGAAGUUUGGAUGGGGCUGAAUUUGUUCAUUUUGUCCAGGAAGGAUGCCUGACACACUGAGGCUAUGCUGGAUCUAGAACUAGGCAAUGAACUCAGGGUUGUAUAUGGUGACAUAUAUGUACUUCGAUAACAAAUUUACUUUGACGGUAUUUAAUUGGGUGGGGAGAGAGUGAAUUAUGAUGCUGUUAAUCAGUUGGGAGUGUAAAAUGGGAACAAAUAUUCUCAGGGUAAUGUUCUUGGAGAUAUGAGCAUUUGGUGAAGCAUAUUUUGAUUAGUGGUAGAGGUGAGGAGCAGGCCCUGCCACACAAGCCUGGUUGACUUUUUCAAGGAGAUGACUAAACAAAUUAAUGAAGGUGGAGCAGUAGAUGAUGUGAAUAUGGAUUUUAGUAAUGCAUACAACCAGUUCCCCAUGGUAGGCUCAUUCAGAAAGUCAGGAAGCAUGAGAUCCAGAGAAACUUUGCUGUGUGGAUUUGGAAUUGGCAGAGAAGACUUGGAAUUGGAACAGGAUUUGGAAUUGCCACAGAAGGCAGAGGUGGAGCUUAUUUUCCCUGGAGGUUGGUGAUUAAUGGCAUUCUGUGGGGAUCUAUUCCUGUACGCCUGCGCUCUUUGUGAUUUUUUUUAUGAAUGUCUUGGAGAAGUGAAUGACUGGGUUGGUAAGUUUGCAGAUGACACAAAGGUUGGUGGUGUUUUAUAUAGUGUAGAAGGUUGUCAUAGGUUACUAAUGAGAUACCGAGCUGAGCUGAGAAGUGGCAAGCUAAAAAAGUGUAAAAUGAUACCCUUUGGAAGGUCGAACUUGAUGGCAGAGUACAAAGUUAAUAGCAGGAAUCUUGUGGAGCACCAGUGUUUAGAAUAAUCGUGAUGGAGGUAUGCUGCCUGUGCUUACUACUGCAGUCUGUAGAUAGCAAGUUGAGAAUCCAGUUGCAGAAGCUAAUGUUGGCUCCAAGGGUUCAAGUGUGAUGGGUUUGGCAGGAGGAAAAGAGAAGGCUUGCAUUUAUAUAGAGCUUAUCCUGCCUGUUUCAGAAUGUCACCUUACAACCAUUAAUGCACUUCUGAAUUAUGGCCUUGCAUUUAAUGUGUGAAAAGCAUGCAUUCACAGACAAUAAUGUAAAAAUCAGGUUUCUUGUUUUCUUUACCAAGAUAUGGGCAAACAAUGUUUUAAGUAUAUCACCUAAAAAGUUGGCACAGAAGCAGUGGUAUUACUUUACUGCAAUAAAAUCACGGUUUUUUGCAGAACGUUUUUUCCCCAGAGAUAACACCCCAGAAUUUGGCAUGAUGUCAGUACAGAAACUUGAAGAAGACAUUGAUCUUUAUGUUCCUGCUGCAGCAGUCCGUGGCUUAACUCAGCUAAACAGGGAAUUAUUUCAGAAAACUGUUGCACUUCCAGCUCUUAAAGUGAGAAAGGACUUAAUCAACAAAGUCAUGAAACCUCUGAGAAAUAUUGCAAUAAAAAGACCUGGACUGAAGCGUGUAGUUGAAGAUUCUAAAGAUGAAAUGUAUAGAUUCAUCUUGAUGGACCCAAACAAAAUAUCAUGCUCAGAAUCUUUUGGAGCUGUCGAGAGAGCUGUUUUAAAGGAAUAUAAUGUUGAUCCUCAGAUUCACCUGUAUAAUUUAGAAAUGACAUAUGAACAUUUCAAACCUGAAGAAAUUCUGAAGGCAGUUUUGCCUGAAGGACAGGACGUAACUACUGGAUUUAGCAGAAUUGGCCACAUUGCUCACAUGAAUCUUCGAGGUCAUCAGCUUCCAUACAAGCAUUUGAUUGGUCAAGUUAUAAUGGAUAAGAAUCCUGGAAUAACUUCAGUGGUUAAUAAAAUUAAUAUUAUUGAGAAUACUUACCGUAAUUUUCAGAUGGAAGUAUUGGCGGGGGAAGACAAUAUGAUAGCAAAGGUCAAAGAGAACAACAUAACAUACGAAUUUGAUUUUUCCAAAGUCUACUGGAAUCCACGACUCAGCACAGAACAUGGUCGAAUAGUUGAUCUUUUGAAAGCUGGAGAUCGAGUGUAUGAUGUAUUUGCUGGUGUUGGACCUUUUGCUAUUCCAGCAGCAAAGAAAAAAUGCAAAGUUAUGGCAAAUGAUCUUAACCCAGAAUCUUAUAAGUGGCUGGUGCAUAACUGCAAGAUGAACAAAGUCGAUAAAAAUGUACAAACAUUCAAUCUGGACGGUAGGAACUUUAUUAUGGGUCCAGUUAAAGAAGAUUUAGCAAAACAAAUUGAAACAUGUUCGUUAAAGGAGGACAAAACCUCUAUUCACAUAAUCAUGAAUCUGCCCGGUUUGGCAAUUGAGUUCCUGGAUGCAUUUAGACAACUUUUACAGGAACAGGAUUCUUUUGAUGUUUUACCUACAGUCCAUUGCUACAGUUUUUCUAAGAGUGAUGAACCUGCCAAAGAUAUUCAGAGAAGAGCAGAAUAUUUCCUAAAUACCACUUUAGAAGGACGUUGCUCAAUCCAUUUGGUUCGCAAUGUGGCCCCAAACAAGGAAAUGAUGUGUAUAAGUUUUAUGGUCCCUGCUGAGGUGCUGUGCAGAAAUCUAUCAGCAGAAGACAAUACCAAAGAACCAGCUCCAAAACGCCUAAGGUUUGAUGAGACUACUGCCUGUAAUGGACCACGGUGACUUGUGAUAAAUGAGCAACCUCAUUUUUAGCAGUUAAGAAACUGAAUACAGUGCAAUUUAAUUGCCAGUCACUUAAAGGAAUCUGAAUGUUUGCAUCAUUUCCUGGUCUCCUUUCUCCUGGUCAUGACUUGCUUCUAUAAACAGCCAGUGAUUUGUUAUAAUGGGGAUUGAAGUCCUCUCAAGGGCUCACUUUACUUUCUAGCCAGGAUAGUUUUUCCACUGUGGAUAUUGAAUUCUAUCAUAUUAAUAAGUAACCAAUGGAAAAUCUUGACUUCCUUCACCACCACCAUUAGAACUGCAAAUAAAACUUUUAAAAAAAUGCAUUCAGCAUUCAUGAAUCAUUUUGGAUUUUUGGAACACUUUCAGAAAGCUUAAAUAUCUUGAAUUAUAUUCUUUUCAGCAGAGCAAAUUUCAGUAGGUUUUAGAAUAGAUGGCUUCAGCCCAAAUGCAGUAAAUAAAUUGCAUUUAUCAUAACCUAUUUUCGGCAGCUAUAGUAUCUAAAUGAUUGGGCUUCAAUUUACAGUAGUGUUGAAGCAGUUUUUAUUCCAUUGAAAGAAUAAGAUACUCAAAUAACAAAUAUUUUGAGAUUGUUAAAUGAAUUUCACUGCUUUUGAGCCGUUAUAAUCAAGAUUGCUUUUGACUUAAUAAAAUAAAGACAUCCAAUGUUUUUCUAAGAUUCGGAACAAUGAAAAUAUGCCAAAUGAUUAUUUAUCACGGAGAUUUAUAGGUUUAAAAAUGAGUUAGCACACUAUUAAAAACACAACAAUAUACCAUCUGUUUUGCUGAUGACAAAGGGGCAGCACAAUAGCGUAGUGGUUAGCACAACACUACAGUACAGGCGACCAGGGUUCAAUUCUCACUGCUGUCUGUAAAAAGUUUGUACAUUCUCCCCGUGACCAUGUGGGUUUCCUCCCACAAUCCAAAGACGUACUGGUUGUUAGGUUAAUUGAUCAUUGUAAAUUGUCCCAUGACUAGGCCGAGAUUAAAUUGUGGAUUGCUGGGCAAUGUGACUGGAAAGGCCUAUUCCAUGUUGUAUCUCAAUUAAUCAAAUAGGCUGCUGAAUGAACUCAGUGGGUCAGAGGAGUAACCAGCAUUUUGGAUUGAGACCCUGCAUCGGUAGUUUCUGGCAGCUUAUGUGUCCUUGCAAAAGUUUGGGUACUCCUGGUAAAAAUUUCUGUUACUGUGAAUAGUUAAGUGAGUAGAAGAUGAACUGAUCUUCAAAAGUCAUAAAGUUGAAGAUGAAACAUUCUUUUCAACAUUUUAAGCAAGAUUAGUGUAUUAUUUUUGUUUUGUACAAUUUUAGAGUGGGGGAAAAAAGGAAAAGAGCACCAUGCAAAAGUUUGGGCACCCCGAGAUUUGAGCUCUUAGAUGACCUUUAUCAAGGUCUCAGACCUUAAUUAGCUUGUUAGGGCUAUGGCUUGUUCACAGUCAUUGUUAGGAAAGGCCAGGUGAUGCAAAUUUCAAAGCUUUAUAAAUACCCUGACUCCUCAAACCUUGUCCCAACAAUCAGCAGCCAUGGAGUCCUCUAAGCAGUUGCUCAGCGCUCUGAAAUUUAAAAUAAAUGAUGCCCACAAAGCAGGAGAAGGCUAUAAGAAGAUAGCAAAGCGUUCUCAGGUAGCCGUUUCCUCAGUUCGUAAUGUAAUUAAGAAAUGGCAGUUAACAGGAACGGUGGAGGUCAAGUUGAGGUCUGGAAGACCGAGAAAAUUUUGCUCGUAGGAUUGCUAGAAAGGCAAAUCAAAACCCCCGUUUGACUGCAAAAGACCUUCAAGAAGAUUUAGCAGACUCUGGAGUCGUGGUGCACUGUUCUACUGUGCAGUGACACCUGCACAAAUAUGACCUUCAUGGAAGAGUCAUCAGAAGAAAACCUUUCCUGCAUCCUCACACAAAAUUCAGCGUCAGAAGUUUGCAAAGGAACAUCUAAACAAGCCUGAUGCAUUUUGGAAACAAGUCCUGUGAACUGAUGAAGUUAAAAUAGAACUUUUUGGCCACAAUGAGCAAAGGUAUGUUUGGAGGAAAAAGGGUGCAGAAUUUCAUGAAAAGAACACCUCUCCAACUGUUAAGCAUGGGGGUGGAUCGAUCAUGCUUUGGACUUGUGUUGCAGGCAGUGGCACGGGGAACAUUUCACUGGUAGAGGGAAGAAUGAAUUCAAUUAAAUACCAGCAAAUUCUGGAAGCAAACAUCAUGCCGUCUGUAAAAAAAAAAGCUGAAGAUGAAAAGAGGAUGGCUUCUACAACAGGAUAAUGAACCUAAACACACCUCAAAAUCCACAAUGGACUACCUCAGAGGCAUAAGCUGAAGGUUUUGCCAUGGCCCUCACAGUCCCCCGACCUAAACAUCAUCGAAAAUCUGUGGAUAGACCUCAAAAGAGCAGUGCAUGCAAAACGGCCCAAGGAUCUCACAGAACUAGAAGCCUUUUGCAAGGAAGAAUGGGUGAAAAUCCCCCAAACAAGAAUUGAAAGACUCUUAGCUGGCCACGGAAAGUGUUUACAAGCUGUGAUACUUGCCAAAGGGGGUGUUACUAAGUACUGACCAUGCAGGGUGCUUGAACUUUUGCUUCCGGCCUUUUUCCUUUUUUGUUAUUUUGAAACUGUAAAAGAUGGAAAUAAAAAAGUAAUCUUGCUUAAAAUAUUAAAGAAAUGUGUCAUCUUUAACUUUAUACCUUUCGGAAAUCAGGUCAUCUUUUACUCACUUGGCUAUUCACAGUAACAGAAAUUUUGACCGGGGUGCCCACACUUUUGUAUGCCACUGUACUUGCCCUGAAGUGGUUCAUUAGCUUUUUUAAAAAUUAAAUUGAGUGUGAGUAUAAAUCUUGUGAACGACAUGGUCAGUCAAACAGAUUAGACUUACUUUUGGUUCUCAGUGUUCUGAGCAUCACUGUGAGUAAUAACAGUUUUGUUUUUUGUGGUUAAUGUGUGACCUCAUUGGGGAAAAGUACUAUAGAUUACCAGGUAUGUUAAGUUUCUUCUAUUUUGCUGGAAUUCUGCAUCCGAAUUGUAUUCAAAGUCCUACAGCAUGUUUCAGUCACACCAGUGCAGAGACUUUAUUUAGUGAUAGAGUGUGGAGUAGGCCCUUCCAGCCCUUUGAGCUACGCUGCCUCAGCAAUCCCCGACAACAUCCGAUUUAACCCUGACCUAAUCACAGGACAAUUUACAAUGACCGAUUAACCUACCUGGUACAUCUCUGGACUGUGUGAGGAAACUGGAGCACCUAAGGAAACCCCCAAUUCCACAGGGACUCGUUACAGAUGGCACCAGAACUUUAUUUAAACAUCAACCUUUUAAUGCCAACAGGAGCAUUGUGAUACCCCUCAAGUUGUGCUCGUGCUUAAAUGAAAUGAAAGUAUUUUUAAACUAACUACUGGCAGUAGUCAACUUUGAUUGCUUUAUUUCCCAGGGUCGCGUGAACCAUUCCUGUUCCCUUAGUUAAGUGAUAAGAAUGAAGAGCUGAAAGGUUCAGCAUUUUAUUAUUUUGUCAGUUCAGUCUGUGUCUCUAUCAUAACAAUAUGCAGCUUCAUUUUCAAAUUUCAGUAUUAGCAAUAUCAUAUUAGGGUCACUUAUUUUAAAAAUAUGUAAGUCUUAAAUAAUGACCAUUGUCACUCUUUUUUAAAAAAAAAGGAUAUUAAGUUAUAAAGUGAACAUAACACCUUCAAACAGCAGGAAAUGUCAGGUAUUAGGAUCUUUAUUAAGUCUAAAUGCACGGGGGCAAUUCCUUACCCAUCCCAUGCCAUAGAUCUUUCUGGUUGAAGACACUAUCUGGAUUUUUUUUCUACAGGUGUUGUAUGGGAAGAUCGUUUUCUACUCAAGUCUGUAAGAAGUAGGCUAUCAAAAUAUAAGCCACAUUUCAAUAAUGACCAAUGACCAAUAAUUUCAUCCUAUAAAGAUAGACCCUACCCUUUGAAUAAAAUAAAAAGGUGCUUAUGAUCCCUUUCAUUAUUCUUGGCUAAAACAUUAAUAUCAUCUGAAAUAAUUAUUAUAAACAUUAACCACUAGUCAUUACAAGUGGAACAACAGGGCAUUUAAAAAACACGUCUGUUAGUAAACAUUUUUAUUUAGUUAUCUUGUUCCUUGUCCACUUGUGUAGUCUGGGGAAAUUACUUCAGUAUCCGAAUGAGGUCAUUAAUGUGUUUCUGGCAUUGAAUGGGAUCUUGGAAUUGACAAGGACCUCGCCAUCUCCAGCCAUACAAGCUGUUCAUGUUUUUGUGUACCUCCACUCUUUUUGUCUGCCUCCCACCUAUCCAGUUUCCAUUCUUUGUCAGCAGCAAUACAUUCCAAUUACCCUGACCUUUUCAACGCUACUGGUCUCAGUUUCUCUUCCUCCUAAUGGCAGUGACUCCAUUUCCUGUUUUAAUCUCACAUAUGCAAGAAAUAGAGUGCAGUCAGACGUAUAGACAGGACUUCAGGAAGGAUAGAAAGGUGCUAAACAUGAUGUAGAAAAUUUGAAAUACAUGAUUAGACAGGACAAGUUUGAUUUCUCCUCCCCUUCCCCCAUGUGUCCAAUGGCAGUUGAGUGGUGGAAGUGUUUCAGGCCUUUCAAAAAGAACUGGAGAAGCACCUGAAGACUAAGGGAUGAAAAGGGACAAAAAGUGAAGAGAGACUGAAUGGAUUACUAUACAAGGAACUGAUAUAUACAAGAUGGGCUCACGUUUGUGUCAAUUAUACCAUGAUUCUUAUCUAUAUAUUUUACUUCAGCUCCAAAGGGUAAGAUUAAAAAUUGAAAAUGUCAUUUUAUUGUUGAAGGGAAUAAAGUGCUGAAGAGAAUAAACGACAAGAGUUUUAUUUUGUUUAAAUAAGAAGA